AAAUUAAUUUUUUUUAUUAAAAAAAUUUAUAUAUUGAUAAAAGUAACUAGGUCAUUUUUAUCAACCGAUAGCCUUGAUAGACAGUGAAAGGCGGAGUUUAAAAUCCAGCAGUGGGAUUGCCAUAACAUUCCUCGUUUAUAUAAUAACUCAAUUUAUUAAUAAUACCGCACGCAAUUUUUCUUAGUCUUCUCCGUUCUUCAGCAUCUGACAGUUUUAUUUUAUUUAACUAAAAACUUCAAUAAUAUGAAACUUUACGCUGUUUCUGAUGGUCCACCAUCUCUCGCUUGCAGACAAACAUUAAAAGCUCUUAAUAUUGAUUAUGAGCUGAUACCUGUUGACUACUGCAAAGGAGAAUUUUUAACUAAAGAAUAUGAGGAGCUAAAUCCGCAAAGAGAAAUUCCGACUUUGGUCGAUGGUGAUUUGACAAUGGGUGAAAGUCAUGCAAUUAUACAAUAUCUGUGUGAUAAAUAUGAUAAAGAAGGUAAAUAUUAUCCAAAGGAUCCUAAAGCUCGUGCUUUAGUCAAUCAUCGGCUUUGUUUCAAUUUAACAACUUAUUAUCGCAAUAUUUCAGAAUAUGCCUUUGGUCCAAUGUUCUUUGAGUACGAGCGCACAGAAAUGGGCUUAAAAAAAUUAAAAAUGAGUUUGGAUGUUUUUGAAAAAUAUUUCACACGUACAAACUUUAUCUACUGCGCUGCAAAUACUUUAACAAUCGCUGACUUUGCAAUGAUAACAGCAACGAUUGGACUAGAAGCGAUAAAUUUCUCUCUCAAACCCUGGCCGAAGGUCAACAAAUGGUACAAUGACUUCAAAGUAAAGCACCCUGAAUUGUGGGAAAUUGCAGCUGGAGGCUUAAAAGAGCUGAGCGAUUAUGAAAAAAAUCCUGACAUGACUAUGACUUGGGUGCAUCCUAUUCAUCCAAUGCGUAAAAGCAAAAAAUGAAACAUUCCUUGUAU